UCAUGAUUCAUUUUCCAUGCCACCAUUCCUGAGCUAUCCUCUAGUGCUGGCCUGCAAACUCCAGAAGCUGUACCAAUCAGCAAAAAUAAGCAAAUAAAUAACAAAGGCAUGACUCAGUUUAUAGAGUCUUCCAUUUUUGUGAACCUGUUUCUCCUUGUUGCUGAACAAUGUCAAUGGCUCUUCUAUCCUCUUCCUCACUUCAUCUCCCACAAAAAAGAUUCAAUCUUUUCCAUCCUAAUCGCUUGCAGAUCUGUAAAAAUCCCAUUUUGAUGACUGGGUUUGUCUCAAAAAAGCAGUUUUUGGGUGGACUUGGGAGUUCUUAUCAGAAGAGCAUGGAAAUGUUGGCAAGGGUUGAAAAGUAUGGUGGUGGUGGUGUUGCUGAGAAGGAGGCUGAGGCUGAGGCUGUUUUGGGUGAUGCCCAGUUGGGGAAAUUUGAAGCUAUUCUUAAUAAAUUGAGCAAAUGGCUAGUAGCUUGUCUAUUUGGUCUGUACAUUCUAUGGAGGCAUGAUGGUGAAGCUUUGUGGGCUGCAAUGGGCUCAGUCGUUAAUUCAUGGCUGUCAAUAACUCUAAAGCAGAUACUAAAUCAUCAGAGACCGGUUUCUGCACUUAGAUCUGAUCCCGGAAUGCCAUCUUCGCAUGCCCAAUCAAUCUUCUAUAUAGCUGUUUUGGGCAUUCUUUCAUUAUUUCAAUGGAUGGGAACCAACUUGUUUACAGUGUCAAUGGGGGCCUUCAUCUUAAUUUCCGGCUCAUAUCUUACAUGGCUACGAGUAUCACAGCAACUACAUACAACUAGUCAAGUCUUGGUCGGCGCGAUACUAGGAUCAUCCUGUGCUAUUUCCUGGUUCUGGCUAUGGCAUGCAUUUGUACUCAAGGCAUUCAUUUCAUCGAUAUGGGUCCGGGUCAUCGUCGUUCUUGGUUCAGCAGCAUUCUGCAUCGCCUUCACGUUCUAUGUAGUUCGAGAAUGGCUCAUUGAUGAACUAUAAAUUAACACAAUGCCAUUGCUUAAUUUAUCAUACAUGUUAAACAUGACAGAUUCAAAUGAAAUGAAAUGAAAUGAAUGCAGUUAUUUUUACA